CCGAAUAUUGAAACGCUUUCUUACGACACUGGCGCAGUAUUCCGUGAGUGGUAAAAAUUGAAAAGAAAUCGUACCGAGUACGUUUUAUCCUCGACGAAGUAUAAGUUCAGAAUAUGGCAACAGCAAUAGAGAGUUAUGUAAACCACACGGUUUCAGUGAUAACAAAUGAUGGACGAGUAAUUGUUGGUACCCUUAAGGGGUUUGAUCAGACUGUGAACCUGAUAUUAGACGAGAGUCAUGAGAGAGUGUUCAGCUCAGCUCAAGGUGUAGAGCAAGUGCUGCUAGGCCUGUACAUAAUUAGGGGUGACAACAUAGCUGUCAUUGGAGAAAUUGAUGAUGAGACUGACUCAUCGAUGGACAUGUCAAAUAUUCGAGCAGAACCUCUGAAUCCAGUUGUGCAUUAACUUAAAAAUGAGAAAAAAAGACUGUUACUACAAUCAGCAAUUAAUUACUGUGUGUGUAAUACAUAAGCCUGUAAAUAAUUGAAAAAAAAAAAAAUCAAAUACACAGCUGUUAUGUCACCUGGGAUUCAACAAUUGAGGUGUUGGCAUCUUCUGAUGUGUACUAGGCUAGUAGAGUACUGUAAUAUUGUGAAAUCGAGUAUUUUACUAGAGUUCGAAGUACGACGGUUUUUCGACCGUCAGCUGACGAAUCCAACCCCAAUCACUGUGAGCAUUAGAGACACUACGCUGUCUGCUGAUGGUCGAUGGUAGUCUGAACAGAUCCUCUUUAAAAACGAUCCGUUGCACACGCAUCAUGAGAUUUGACCUUCAUGCGCAGUGAGAACCCAACUUUACAGCUGUAGAGUAAACGUAAGAUUUUUUUUAUAAAACAUGGUCAGUGGUCUAUAAUUGAAAUUAUUUACCAUUAUACUGUAUGUGAACUAAUGAAAACUGCUAGUGUAGUGGGUUUUUAUUUCCCAUAAGCUGAAAAAUCAGAAUUUUUAUAAUUUCCUAUGGUAUAAUACAAAUUAUAUAUUUCAACUUAUUUCUGUGUCCAUCAAAAUUUGAAUGUUGAGGUAAAUUUGUUGUGUAUCCUUUCUAACUCCUAUGUAGAAAUUUAGGUCAUCAGAAUGCUACUGGUCUCUCAAAACAGCUACCAGAUUGUUCCAUAAUAGUAUUAGAGAAAAUAAUUUGUUCAUUGUACAUACGCAAAAGCAAAUGAUUUUUUUAUGAUUAGCAUAAUGACCUCUAAGAUAGUGUAGAGGUCUGUUCACACUGUAUGAUGUUUACCUCUGAUUUUCCUAUAAUGGGCUGUGAACCUUCUCGUCACCAAAUGAUUUGUUAGUGUGGACAGAUCAUUACUUGAUGUACUGCCAUCAGCUUUCGAGUACUGUAUGUGCCUUUUGGGUGUUUUUGUGUUGGUCACAUUCACAAUAUUUCCAUGUGGACAUUAUCUUCAUGAUUUUCAUGUGCAAUACCCGACAUGCAUGCUUGGAAAAUUUUAUUUCCUAUUCUGUCAACCAAACUUUAUUCUCGAUGGUGUUGAGGAAUACCAUAAAACCUCUAAUUGAAGCCCUGUGCUUCUUUUGUUUUUUUGCAAACUUUG